AUGGUGGACUUGAGGGAUUCCAACGGGGUCGACUUUGCCUUCUAUCGCUACGACCCCAGCAUGGGCGGCGCCGUUAUUUUCGUCCUGCUUUUCAUAGGCACAACCGCGUAUCAUAUUUUUCGAAUAUUCAAGACUCACACAUGGUUUUUCUUUCCCUUUGUUAUCGGGGCAUCUAUUAUCGGAUAUAUCGGACGUGCCAUGUCCAGCAGGCAGAGCCCAGAUUGGACCCUCGGACCUUAUCUAGUGCAGACACUCUUUCUUUUGCUCGCGCCAGCUCUCCUAGCGGCCUUAAUAUACAUAUUUCUGGGUCGCAUUAUCCUGGUGUUACAGGCCGAAUCGCAUGCGUUGUUGAAAAAAAAGUGGUUGACCAAGAUUUUUGUGACAGGGGAUGUGCUUUCAUCCUUAUUGCAAGGAGCUAGUGGCGGCAUUCAGAGUAGUGGGAACCUGGACAGUAUGAAGAACAGCGAACACAUUAUCAUUGUUGGCCUCUUGAUUCAGAUCUUCUUCUUUGGGUUCUUUAUCAUGCUCAAGAGAUACCUGAUCCCAUGCUCCUGCUCUCCGGACAUUCUGUGGCGCAAACAUCUAAACAUACUCUAUGUGACAAGCUUCUUGAUCAUGAUCCGCUCCAUCUUCCGAUUAGCUGAAUACAUCCAAGGAAAUGACGGGUACCUCUUACAUCACGAGAUCUAUUUAUAUAUUUUCGAUGCAUUGUUGAUGUUCAUCACCAUGCAAGAAAUUGGUCAACUUCUGGCUCGUGCCGCUGAUUAUGCAUUGACACGCAUCCCAGACGCGCAAGCGACCAAGGCAUAUGGGGGUACUCUGGCGUGUGAGGAGGUUGUUCUUUCUUCCCUCCCCUUUAUUACUACCGUCGCUGUAUUGUAUAUCUUUUGA